GUUGUUUUGAUGAAUAAUACUUGGUGGGGCGAGGGGGUAAGAGUAGGGGUGGAGGGGUAGGAGGAUUUACUCUUCCAGCCAGAACAUCGCGAGUUCGGUCCUCCCCCUCCCCCUUGCCCCCGGCUCCGGCGUGGAGGCGGGGCGUGGCCGGCCUGCUUUGGGAGGGGAGGAGCUUCCCUCCUCAGUGCUGGGCUCUGCCUGGGCGGCUCUGGGGUCGCCUUGCCUCGGGGCACCCACUCUGCAGUUGAACACUUCCCGCCAGGGGGAUAGGGUUGGAAGGAGAGCACGAUCUGCUGGAGGAAGCGCAGCUGCCGCGCCACCACCACGAAGACACAGUAGGCUCCGGGCACGAGGAGAGCUGGAGACCGAGCUCCCUAGUCUGGGUAACCUGGGAAGCAGAGGGUAAAAAGUGGCGCCUUACGAUAACCCUGUAGCAGCAGCAGUGGCGGUCAAAGGAGGCUGCUCGUGGCGUAAGCAGCUAUAGGAGUCUCUGGGGCAAUUGGAGUGACCGACGCCAAGGCAUUUCACUGCCUCUCGUGUUCUUAUUUUUUAACCUCUGACUAUGCAGUUCUGAAACCUCCCCCAUUCGGGGGACCAGACAGCCCGAUAGACACCUUCCACUAUCCUCCCGCCCUGGUCUCAAAGAACAGAAGAUCUCUCCUUAACGCCUUUCACCAUUAAGAGGAAAGCGAUGGAGGAGCUGAGCGCUGAUGAGAUCCGACGGAGGCGCCUGGCACGACUUGCUGGUGGACAGACCUCCCAGCCAAACACCCCGCUCACCUCUCCCCAGAGGGAGAGCCCUCCGGGGCCUCCUGUAGCAGCCUCAGCCCCAGGCCCGUCCCAGAGUCUUGGUCUCAAUGUCCACAACAUGACCCCAGCUACCUCCCCCAUAGGUGCAUCAGGAGUAGCCCAUCGAAGCCAGAGCAGUGAAGGAGUCAGUUCUCUCAGCAGCUCGCCCUCCAAUAGCCUUGAAACACAAUCUCAGUCUCUCUCACGUUCCCAGAGCAUGGAUAUCGAUGGAGUCUCUUGUGAAAAAAGCAUGUCCCAGGUGGAUGUGGAUUCAGGAAUUGAAAAUAUGGAAGUUGAUGAAAAUGACCGAAGAGAAAAAAGGAGCCUCAGCGAUAAGGAGCCUUCAUCAGGUUCUGAAGUGUCUGAAGAACAGGCCUUACAGCUGGUCUGUAAGAUCUUCCGUGUCUCCUGGAAGGACCGGGACAGAGAUGUCAUCUUUCUUUCUUCUCUUUCUGCACAAUUUAAGCAGAACCCAAAAGAAGUGUUCUCUGAUUUUAAGGACUUGAUUGGCCAGAUUUUAAUGGAAGUGCUAAUGAUGUCCACUCAGACUAGAGAUGAAAACCCAUUUGCCAGUCUGACAGCCACAUCCCAGCCAAUUGCAGCGGCAGCUCGGUCACCAGACAGAAACCUCAUGCUAAAUACCGGCUCCAAUCCGGGAACAAGCCCCAUGUUCUGCAGCGUGGGUUCCUUCGGUGCCAGCUCUUUAUCUAGUCUGGGAGCCUCUGGUGGGGCAAGUACUUGGGAUUCCUACAGCGACCAUUUCACCAUUGAGACGUGCAAGGAGACGGACAUGCUGAACUACCUCAUCGAGUGUUUUGACCGAGUUGGGAUAGAGGAAAAAAAAGCACCGAAGAUGUGCAGCCAGCCAGCAGUCAGCCAGCUUCUGAGCAACAUCCGCUCACAGUGCAUAUCCCAUACUGCAUUAGUACUACAAGGGUCCCUCACACAACCAAGGUCCCUGCAGCAGCCGUCCUUCCUGGUGCCGUACAUGCUGUGUAGGAAUCUCCCAUACGGCUUUAUUCAAGAACUGGUGAGAACCACUCACCAGGAUGAAGAAGUGUUCAAGCAGAUCUUUAUCCCCAUUUUACAAGGCCUGGCUCUUGCUGCCAAAGAGUGCUCCCUCGAUAGUGACUACUUUAAAUACCCCCUCAUGGCUUUAGGUGAGCUCUGUGAAACCAAGUUUGGAAAGACACACCCUGUGUGCAAUUUGGUUGCUUCUUUGCCUUUGUGGUUGCCUAAAUCAUUAAGCCCUGGCUCUGGGCGGGAGCUGCAGAGACUCUCGUAUUUGGGGGCUUUCUUUAGCUUCUCAGUCUUUGCAGAAGAUGAUGCAAAAGUGGUUGAAAAGUAUUUCUCAGGGCCUGCCAUUACCCUGGAAAACACUCGUGUGGUGAGCCAAUCACUGCAGCAUUACUUGGAGCUGGGAAGGCAAGAGCUUUUCAAGAUUCUGCAUAGCAUUUUGUUAAACGGAGAAACCCGGGAGGCUGCUCUUGGUUACAUGGCAGCUGUCGUCAAUGCCAAUAUGAAGAAAGCACAGAUGCAGACGGAUGAUAGAUUGGUAUCUACAGACGGAUUGAUGCUGAAUUUCCUUUGGGUGCUGCAGCAGCUAAGCACAAAGAUCAAGUUGGAGACGGUCGACCCCACAUACAUAUUCCACCCGAGGUGUCGGAUUACUCUUCCCAGCGAUGAGACGAGAGUGAAUGCAACGAUGGAGGACGUGAAUGACUGGCUGACUGAACUUUAUGGAGAUCAAUCUCCGUUUUCUGAGCCGAAAUUCCCUACAGAAUGCUUCUUCCUUACCCUGCACGCCCACCAUCUCUCAAUUCUGCCGGGUUGCCGACGCUACAUCCGCAGACUCCGGGCCAUACGGGAGCUCAACAGAACUGUGGAAGAUUUGAAAAACAAUGAAAGCCAAUGGAAAGACUCCCCCCUGGCAGCUAGACACCGUGAAAUGCUGAAGCGCUGCAAAACUCAGCUUAAGAAACUGGUACGAUGCAAGGCCUGUGCUGAUGCUGGUUUACUUGACGAGAGCUUCCUGAGAAGAUGUCUGAAUUUUUACGGCCUUCUCAUUCAGCUGCUGCUCCGCAUCCUGGACCCUGCCUAUCCCGAUGUCACACUGCCUUUAAGUUCAGAUGUCCCCAAGGUAUUUGCAGCAUUGCCUGAGUUUUAUGUAGAAGAUGUUGCUGAAUUUUUAUUUUUUAUUGUACAAUACUCUCCUCAGGUGCUUUAUGAGCCCUGUACUCAGGAUAUUGUGAUGUUCCUCGUUGUGAUGUUGUGUAACCAGAACUACAUCCGAAAUCCAUAUCUGGUGGCCAAACUCGUAGAAGUCAUGUUUAUGACUAACCCUGCUGUUCAGCCACGGACCCAGAAGUUUUUUGAAAUGAUUGAGAACCAUCCUCUCUCCACCAAGCUGUUGGUCCCUUCCCUGAUGAAGUUUUAUACAGAUGUUGAGCAUACCGGAGCCACCAGCGAGUUCUAUGACAAGUUCACCAUUCGCUAUCAUAUUAGCACCAUUUUUAAAAGCCUUUGGCAAAAUAUAGCUCACCAUGGCACCUUUAUGGAGGAGUUCAAUUCCGGGAAGCAGUUUGUCCGCUAUAUAAACAUGCUGAUAAACGACACAACAUUUUUGCUCGAUGAAAGCCUGGAGUCUUUGAAGCGGAUCCACGAAGUGCAAGAAGAGAUGAAGAACAAAGAACAGUGGGACCAGCUGCCCCGGGAUCAGCAGCAGGCCCGCCAGUCCCAGCUCGCUCAGGAUGAGCGCGUUUCACGCUCCUAUCUUGCCCUGGCGACAGAAACCGUGGACAUGUUCCAUAUCCUCACCAAGCAGGUCCAGAAGCCAUUCCUCAGACCUGAACUCGGACCCCGAUUGGCUGCGAUGCUGAACUUUAAUCUUCAGCAACUCUGUGGUCCUAAGUGCCGUGACCUGAAAGUUGAAAACCCUGAGAAAUACGGCUUUGAACCAAAGAAGCUGUUGGACCAACUGACGGAUAUUUACUUGCAGCUGGACUGUGCCCGGUUCGCUAAAGCCAUUGCUGACGACCAGAGAUCCUACAGCAAAGAAUUGUUUGAAGAAGUUAUUUCGAAGAUGCGGAAGGCAGGGAUCAAAUCCACAAUAGCGAUAGAGAAGUUUAAACUUCUGGCUGAGAAGGUGGAGGAGAUUGUGGCCAAGAACGCGCGUGCAGAGAUCGACUACAGUGACGCCCCGGACGAGUUCAGAGACCCUCUGAUGGACACCCUGAUGACCGACCCCGUGCGGCUGCCCUCUGGCACCAUCAUGGACCGCUCCAUCAUCCUGCGGCACUUGCUGAACUCCCCCACGGACCCCUUCAACCGACAGACGCUGACAGAGAGCAUGCUGGAGCCAGUGCCAGAACUGAAAGAACAGAUUCAUGCCUGGAUGAGAGAGAAACAGAACAAUGAUCAUUAAACCAUCCCCCGUGCCCACCCUCUGCGAGAAACAGCCAAGGCCGGCGAGGCAGGCAGGAGCAGCAUCGGUGGUGCAAAUGCUGUUCACAUGUUGGAGGCCAGAAGUGACAAAAUACACCAAGAGCCCACCCAGAGUGACCAAACAGUGGAGACCUGAAAGGACAUGAAUAAGAAGAGGAGCCCAAUUCCUGUACAUAUAUUUAAGUGACAGACGUGGUCAAAAGCUUGAGGGAUACGUUUUAUGAUUGCUUGUGUAAUAGAGCACGUCCUUCAUAUGUCACAAUUUGGGGCUUUUGCUACGGAAGUCUUUUAGUGAUUGAUGACGAAUGGGUCUGGGCAGCAUCCCCUUCAUCCUUUUUUUUUUUUUUUUUUUUUUCCUAAAUCCAGUAUCCGUUGGUUUUGAUUGUGAUUAGAGAACCUUGGACAUUUUGCUGCUAAGACUCUUCCCCCCGCCGGCCCCAUCCUGAUCCUACUUGCACUGCUGUGGAUUUUUUUAAGAGAAGCAAAAACAAAAAUAAACUCUUUUCCCUGGCCCUCCAAACAUUUAUUCUGUGAGAUAACUGUGCCUGCAACAAAGUGUUAAUCCUGGGAUCGUAUUUUUAUAUCAUAUUCACAUAUUUGUUUUUUUAAUUGGUGUUAGAUGACAUGAUUAAUAAAAAAGGCAAGAUAUUUUCAGAAUUUGAAUUUUAGUUUUUUUUUUUUUUUAUUAUUUUGAAAUGUCCCUUAAAUUUUUUUUUUAUUCUAAACAAAAUGAAGAGAAUCCUGUUGCUCUGGUCCUUGUAGUGAGUCCACGAUUAGGAAUCUGAGGAACAGCUGCAGCAAAGGAAGCGUUUAAGUGUAUCAGUAUUUCGCGUCUUACGGUUUGGGGGUGGUUGGGUUAUUUUUAAUGCUGUGUGACAGUUGGAAACCUUUAUAGUUAUCCUGCGAGGGUAAAUAAAUUCCUCAACCCUUGAGUCUGUGAGUUCAAGGCAGGGGUCGUUUGUAUGAUGUGUCCUGUGGGGCUUGGCCUUACCAAAGCAAAAAAGGGGUGCAAGAAAUGUGGAAGUAUGUCUGCUUGUAAAAACACACACAAAGAAAAACACACACACACACACACACACACACACACACACACACACAUAAACAUAAGAUUUUUUGUAUUACUACUCCCUACUUACCAUACUCGGAUUCUUGAAUCUCCUUUGGGGUAAAAAACGAUUUGAAACCAUAAGGCGUUUUGAAGAAAUUAAGUCUACAAACACAUACUUUCUUUUUCUUUUUCUUUCUUUCCCGCUCCACAGACAAUGUCCUCUGUUCAGUUCCUAACGCAAACUACAAUAAAUGGUGAUACACAUUCAGAAG